UCGUCUAACGUGUGCCAGGAUGUGCGAUAAAACGGUGCUGAGAUCGCUGGUGUUGGUGGCGGCCGUGGCGUGCGCGGCGGCGCGGCCGGAGCCGCCGACGUCGUACGGAGCUCCCUCGAGCUCGUACUCCGCUCCCUCGUCGUCGUAUGGCGCGCCCGCUCCGCAGUAUGGCCCACCUCAGCAGCAGCCCAUCGUGCACAAGCAUGUGUACGUGCACGUGCCGCCCCCAGACAAUGACUUGCCGCCGCCGCGCAAGCAGAUCUACGUGCCGCCCCCACAGAAACACUACAAGAUAGUGUUCAUCAAGGCGCCGACGCCGCCGACCCCGACCGCGCCGAUCAUCCCCGUGCAGCCUCAGAACGAGGAGAAGACCCUCGUAUACGUGCUGGUGAAGAAGCCCGAGGAGCAGCCCGACAUCGUCAUCCCCACGCCUGCGCCCACGCAGCCCGCCAAGCCCGAGGUCUACUUCAUCAGAUACAAGACCCAGAAGCAAGAAGGUUACCCGGCCGCGGCCCCCGCUCCUCAGUACGGCCCUCCCGCUUCUGCGCCCUCUUCGGAGUACGGCGCUCCCUCAGGAGGCGAGUCUUACUAAAUACGGAACCAAAUGAUCGUGUCCGCGUGACCCUCUCCUUUCAAAGAAUUCUCCAAAAGCUAGACUGUAGUGAUUACUAUGGUCUAACAUAAAUGCGUUAGAUUUUGCCGUAGAUACAACUAUACAUAUAAUUCCUUAAUAUUUUAAAAGUAAUACUGAUGGUACCUAUUUAAAUUAUGUUAUUUAUUCACCCAGUAUAGUGUCUUAGUCAGUGAAAGGCAAUUAUAAUACUUUCUGUGAUAUUUUUUGGAAUAUGUAUAGAAUUCAAAUUGAUGUAAAACAUCGCGGGAGGGUGUAGCGACUUGCAGACAUGAACGCCAAAAUGAAUCGCGUCUACUUCUAUAUCUUACA